AUGUUCUUCCAGGUUCCGUUGCGGGACAAAGCGGUUGCGGGGGCAAUGCUCAAAGGCCAUUCGUUCCCUGGUAUUCUUUGCCCCGGCGGCCUGAAGCUCGCAGCAGGACGUAGGUGGGCUUUUCGCCCACGCAUCGCUGUCAGGACCCGCCGAUCAACGCGAGACGGCGGCGCCAGCUUCCAACGAGCCCUGACUAAUCGAUCUAGUCCGGCAACAUGUUACGCGGGGGUACCCAAGGGUAAUGCCCUCCAGAAGGGUGUCGGGUACCUAGUGUUGGGUUGCGGACCCGGCUGUCUACCCAUUCAGCGGAGCAGCAGGCGCAUCAAGGGCCCUUCAUGGAUGAGGGGAAAAUGGAGAUAUUCGCUCGACUAGGGGCGCUUGACUACCCGUGUCAACACAAUGAAGUUUAGUGAGAGGAGUAUUCCGUUUUCCAUUUACCAAAAGUACAAGUCUAUACUGUAUCUCAGUCUCAGGGGUAUGUAUCGUUGGGCACAAGACUAGGACUGCGACUCAACACAUCCUAGAUAUACAUACAGAUGUCCACUUUUAUCUUUGCAUAUUAAAAC